AUGUCUACGGUGACCCGUGCCCACCUCGACCAGAGGCUCGCCGCCGCCAAGCGCUGCUCCAGAGAGGCUGCCAUGGCAGGAGCCAAGGCCGCGGCCGUCGCCACCGUCGCAGCCGCAGUCCCCACAGUAAGUAAUGCGAAGAUGCUGCCGUGGGCCAAGGCACACCUGAACCCAACCGGGCAGGCCCUCAUCAUCUCCACCGUCGCCGACAAGACCAUCCUCUCCAUGGCCAGGAAGCACUCCUUCGAGGACGCGCCGGACCACCUCAAGAACACCUCCUUCCACUAA